GAAUGGAGACCUCAAUCACCCGUCAAGCCUCAUUAUAGACUCUUUUGAUCAUAAAAUUCCUUUAAGCGAUUGCUUCAAACUACGCCCUCAACAUGAGCCAACAACUCUCAAACAACGGAACAACCUCGUAUGAGACAUACACCGGAUUCUGGAUCAACUGGGACAAAAGUCCUACUUUUGGAGCAACAAUUACACUCAAUCGGCGAGACGGUGGAUUGCUUAUUGCUUUCUUGGCAAUGUUUGUCACCGUCGUAGGCACAAGCUUUUGGAGAAUUGCUUGCUUCAUUUUUCACCAGAUUUACAGCAGUAUUGAUCCCCAGGAUGCGUUGUAUCACCAACGCCAAGCUGUUCUUCGGAACUCUGCCAAUGGAGCCAAUGGACUCUCCGGUUUAGCCAAUAUAAUAUUCGCUUGGAGAAAAGUGCUUCCUCAAAUCAACCCAUUUAGACGGAUUCUACCCCUUACUGGCUUCGCAAUCGUUUGUGUCGCUGGAUUUGGACUCGCCAGUACUUUCUCCUCUAGGAUCUCUACUGCGAUGGGCAAUGACGUACUUAUUCGCAGUCCGACUUGCGGUAUUUUCUAUCCCUCCAACGUCGAUAGCUUCAGCGAACUACAGACCAUUAUCGAUCCGUACAGAGCGCAAACAACGAACUCAUACGCAAAUUAUGCACAGAGCUGUAGACCAAAAACAUCUAUGAAUACCUGCAAUUCGUUCAUUAAGAGGCGACUUCCAACAAAUAUCGACCGGAACGGGAGUUGCCCUUUUCAAAAAGAUAUUUGCAGGUUUGAGUACGGUAAUAUCGUUCUCGAUACUGGCUUGCUAGAUAGUCAUUUCGACUUUGGUAUCAAUGCCCCUCCUAAGGAACGAGUCCAAUACCGACGAGUUUCAAGUUGCGCUCCUAUUAAGACCGAUGGAUACCAAGAGCCAUACAGUGACCCUAAAACACAAAGCAACUACACACGAUACUUUUACGGACAGAAUGGACAAGAAAACUUUACGUAUCAAUACCCUGAUACCGGACGUAUACCUAAAGACGCAACUCUUUCAUCAUACGGUGGUGACAAAGACUAUACGAUCAGUAUACUACGUACUCAUUUCAACGACGAAUCGGGUUCCUACAAGCCCGGUACAAUCGUCCCUGUCCCAGAACUUCAAUUGAACACCGAUGUACGAUUUGUUUUCUUAUCAGCAAACAAUAUUAUAUAUGCCAAAGAAGUAGACGACCCGCUAUUCUCGGCCCAUAAAGGACGUCUAAUGUACACCAGCAGCGACACUAUAAAAGAAAAAAACACAACAAUGUACUACAGUGACAGAUCAGCAUCUGUCCUCGCAUGUUCGAUUACGGAUCAAUACUGCAACCCGAACAGUGGACGGUGCACACCAUUACGAAGCGCGGGUUGGCUUAACCUUACAGAUGGUUUGUUCUGGGCAAACAAAAAACAUGGCAUUAUCUUCAACUGGAUAGCUUUAAUAGUCUCUGGAUCGAGUACUGUAUUAACGGACGUUCCGCUGUCACUAGGGGAGAGCUCUCUAAAUGCACGCACCAAGGUAACUACUGGCCAGUCAGGUCCCCUUCCUGACAACCAGUGGCAAAUAGAGGUGGAGAAUUGGCAUGCUGCGUCACUUGUGGCUUUACAAGGUCAGAUAGCCGAUACCGCCAAAGGACUCUCCAAUAUGGAUAUAGAACCCUGGUGGUUGUCGCCGAGCAACAACGUCGAAAGAAAUCUCUGCACAAGUCAGAAAAUUCCAAACUCGGAUUAUUUCAAUAUCUCGGUAUUCGGUCUUUGUUUUACCCUUAUACUCGGAAGUAUUAUUAUUGUUUUAUCCUGGACAAAGGAGUCUAUUGUGGGCUGCAUUGGGAAGUGCCGCAACCUCGAGAGCCAAAAGUAUUCCCUCCUCGAAUGGAACAUGAAUGACACGUUCCAGCUACAGCGGCUCGCACACGAAGAGUUGGGAGUUGGGAGUUGGCAAGAAUGUGCGAGUGAUGUUCCCAGGACGCACGAUGUAGAGAAGCUGGCGGUCUUGGACAUUGAGGAUCCAAACCAUCCACGGCUGAAAGCACCGCCACUUGAGUCAGUGGAGGAACAACCGGACAUUUACGAAAUUUCGGACUCGGGAUCUGGACGGAACUCUGGCAGACUACUCUCUCAUGUACAUUGAGUACUUUGAUGGGAACGAAUUCGGAUGGAGGAAGUGGAGGGCUUUCGCGAUGCGAUAAAUACGU